AUGUCGAAUAACAGAAAAAGACGAAUUGACACAAAUCAGAAUUUUUUGGAUCUGUCAGAAGAUGAGCAAAUAAAUUUAAAUUUGAUACGGGAAAGAUGCACCCAAAAUUGUAAAAGAUUUCGGCAAAUCAUAUCCAGCACGUCUGAACACGAAGAAGAUACUUCAACAGAAUCUGGUAGAAAUCUCACAGAAAUUACAUGGACGAAAGAAUUAUUCCGGCCAACUAUUCAUAAGUUUAGUUCCAAACAUUCGGGAAUAAAAGCAUCGAUUAGUUAUUCAGCAUCGAUUUUAGAGUUUUUUCAAUUAUUUUGUUCUGAAAACUUUAUAAAUUUCAUUGUCAGCACAACACACGAUUAUCGGAAUAACCUUGAUGAGAAUACUACUAACGUAAAUUAUCAAAGCACUUCUGUCCCUGAGAUGUAUUGCUUUCUCGCCGUCAAAUUAUUAAUGUCGCGAAAUAAAAAACUGACAUAUUCUGAGUACUGGUCUAACGACACAUUGNUGAAGAGCAACAUUUUUGGCGAAGUUAUGAGUAGGGAUAGAUUUCUAUAUUUGUUAAAAAUCUUACAUUUUAACACGAAUAAUGUAACUGCGGAUACUGAUAAAUUGUAUAAAAUACGGGAAAUAUGCGAUAAGCUCCGACAAAGUUUUCAGCAGGCGUUUUAUCCAUUCGAAAACCUUUGUAUUGAUGAAAGUCUACUUCUUUACAAAGGCAGAUUAUCGUUUAAGCAAUACAUUCCUUCCAAGAGAAAUAGAUUUGGAAUUAAAUCCUUCAUUUUAUGUGAUACCCAUUCUGGGUUUGUGCAAGAUUUUAUUAUUUAUAAUGGAUCACUGACUAUAGUAAACUUUGAAAAUGAAUUUAUCGGAAAAUCAGGCAAUAUAGUCAUGGAAUUAUUAAAACCUUACUUAGGUAAAGGCCACACAUUAUACGUGGAUAAUUGGUAUACUAGCCCGGCACUUUUCACUCUUUUACAUAAAAACGCAACUAACGCAUGUGGAACUGUCCGAAAAAGACGAAAAGGCAUGCCGAUUUUCCAGGAUAAAUUAAAUACUGGUGAAGCGAGUUUCCGUUCUUCUAAGCAUUUACUAGCAAUGAAAUGGUGUGACAAGAGGGAAGUAUAUAUGCUAUCUUCUUGCCACAAUCAUGAAUUUGUUAAUACAAAACUUCAUUACCGAACGCAAGAAAUGAUAAAGAAACCAAAGUGUGUUGUCGACUACAAUCGUUUGAUGGGAAGUGUAGAUAAAACAGAUAUGGUUAUUAGCACCAUACACUCCCAACGCAAAUCCAUGAAGUGGUAUAAAAAAUAUUUCUUCCAUUUAAUCGACAUGUGCGUUUGGAACGCUUUUUGCCUGUACAAAUUAAAAACCAGCAAACAAAUCUCUAUGGCAAAAUUUCAUCUGGAGUUAAUUCGGCAACUUUUACAUCAUUAUUUAUCAAAUUAUAAGAAAAAUAUCGAAAAGAAAUCAGGACAAACGAAUCCGCUUCGCUUGACUGGAAGGCACUUCAUGUCGCUGUACACAAAUGACUCAACAAAAC